AUGAUCCCGCGGGACCUCCUCUCACGGCCUCGCCUCGUCGUCCGUCGUGUCGCCUCACGACGCUGCCUCCUCACGCCACCUACCCCUUCCCGCCUCCCCGUUUCCCCUUGCCCGCCUCCCCAAUUCCCCUUCCCGCUCCCCGUUUCCCCUUCCCGCCUCUCCGUUUCCUCUUCCCGCCCCCCAUUACCCCUUCCCGCCUCCCCGUUUCCCCUUUCCGCUCCCCAUUACCCCUUCCCGCUUCCCCGUUUUCCCUUCCCGCUCCCCAUUACCCCUUCCCGCCUUCCCGUUUCCCCUUCCUGCCUCCCCAAUUCCCGUUCCCGCCUCCCCGUUUCCCCUUCCCGGUCCCGACUUCCCCUUCCCGCCUCCCCGUUUCCCCGUCCCGUUCCCGUUUCCCCUUCCCGCCUUCCCGUCUCCCCGUCCCGCUCCCCGUUUUCCCUUCCCGCCUCCCCGUUUCCCCUUCCCGCUCCCCUUUUCCCCUUCCCGCUCCCCGUUUCCUCUUCCCACCUUCCCGUUUCCCCUUCCCGCUCCCCAUUACCCAUUCCCGCCUCCCCGUUUCCCCUUCCCGCUCCCCGUUUCCCCUUCCCACCUUCCCGUUUCCCCUUCCCGCUCCCCAUUACCCAUUCCCGCCUCCCCGUUUCCCCUUCCCGCUCCCCGUUUCCCCUUCUCGCUCCCCACUACCCAUUCCCACCUCCCCGUUUCCCCUUCCCGCUCCCCAUUUCCCAUUCCCGCCUCCCCGUUUUCCCUUCUCUACUCCUCAAUUCUCGUUCCAGCCUGCACGUUUCCCCUUCCCGCUCCCCAUUACCCCUUCCCGCCACCCCCCUUCCCGCCUCCCCAUUACCCCGUUUCCCCCCUUUCUCCCUCUCGUUUUGCCCCCUUCUCCCUCUCGUUUCCCCGCCCCCCCCUCUCGUUUACCCCCCUUCCCCCUCUCAUUCCUCCCCCUUCUCCUCAUUAUUUUCCCCGCUUCUCCCUCUCAUUUCCCCCCUGCAUUACCCUUCCCCUCCCUGCAUUACCCUUCCCCACCCUGCAUUACCCUUCCCCACCCUGCAUUACCCUUCCCCACCCUGCAUUACCCUUCCCCUCUUUUUCAAGAUCCUCCUGCCUUUCCUUCUUUUCCCCUCUCCUGCUGCCUUUCUCUCUUUUCAGCUCUCUUCAACAAGUGUUGAACAAAUUAUGACCAGCUAG